AUGGCGAGAGCGCUCGUGCUGGCGGCCACCAUGGCCGCGGCGGCCCUUCUGCUGGCCGUGCUGUUGGCUGCGGCGGCGCCGGCGAGCGCAAUGGACUUCGGCGAGCACGACCUGGCGUCGGAGGACUCCCUGUGGGCGUUGUACGAGCGCUGGCGCAGCCGCCACACGGUGACGCGCGACCUCGACGACAAGGCCCGCCGCUUCAACGUCUUCCGGGAGAACGUGCGCCUCAUCCACGAGUUCAACCGCGGCGACGCGCCCUACAAGCUCCGCCUCAACCGCUUCGGCGACAUGACCGCCGACGAGUUCCGCCGCGCCUACGCCUCCUCCCGCGUCGCACACCACCGCAUGUUCCGCGGCGGCCGAAAGGAGACUACGGCCUUCACGCACGGCGCCGCUACCGCCGUCCCGCCGUCGGUGGACUGGCGGCAGAAGGGCGCGGUGACGGACGUCAAGGACCAGGGCCAGUGCGGGAGCUGCUGGGCCUUCUCCACGAUCGCCGCCGUGGAGGGCAUCAACGCGAUCAAGACCAAGAACCUCACGGCGCUCUCCGAGCAGCAGCUGGUGGACUGCGACACCAAAACCAACGCCGGCUGCAACGGGGGGCUCAUGGACUACGCCUUCCAGUACAUCGCCAAGCACGGCGGGGUCGCCGCCGAGGACGCCUACCCCUACAAGGCUCGUCAGGCCAACUCCUGCAACAAGAAGAACCCGGCCGUGGUCACCAUCGACGGGUACGAGGACGUGCCCCGCAACGACGAGAAGGCGCUCCAGAAGGCCCUGGCGAACCAGCCCGUGUCCGUGGCCAUCGAGGCCAGCGGGUCGCACUUCCAGUUCUACUCCGAGGGGGUCUUCUCCGGCAAGUGCGGCACCGAGCUGGACCACGGCGUGGCCGCCGUCGGCUACGGCGCCACCGCCGAUGGCACCAAGUACUGGAUCGUCAAGAACUCGUGGGGGCCCGAGUGGGGGGAGAAGGGCUACAUCCGCAUGAAGCGCGACGUCGCCGACAAGGAGGGGCUCUGCGGCAUCGCCAUGGAGGCGUCCUACCCCGUCAAGACCUCGCCCAACCCAAAGCAUUCCGCCGGUGACCUCCAUGACGAGCUCUGAAUGUCUGAUCGACUAACUGUUUAAUGCCGCCCCUACUCCCCUAUAUGCAUCAUCAUGUUCAUAUCAGGGGAUUAUCUAGAAAAAUAAACAGUCACUCAACAUUUGUACUACAUACAUCACAUCACAUACAGUGCAGUAUGCACCUGUCAUACUUGUAAUCCGGUUGUUUCGAUCGGCCGAUUAUGUACACAGUUGUAAUCCAGUUUUUAUGUACGCAGUUUGCAUUGCAGAUCCA